AUGUAUUCACCAGCCAACCUAGCACUGCAUUACCAUCGCGAUCAUCCAGAUUGUUCACCACUUGUCUGUACUGUUUGCAAAGAUGAGAUGAAAGAGCGAUUGCGCGAGGCCAAUAAGUUUGUUCCACUUGACGAUAUUGCUGCAGUCAAAGAUCUGUUCAUGAUUUCAGACCACCUGUGGAAGGAGUUCCUCGAGAAGUUGUGUCUGAAUAAGAAAGAAUACUCUCUAGAUAAGGUUAAAGCUCUACAACAAGAGAUCGUAAACAAGUACAAUAUCAAAGAACAGACUGAUGGGACGUAUGUACCACUCACCAACUUGGUGCGUCUCAUGCUCAAGGAGGAGCGAGCGAAUCUAGACAAGACUAAGAAGCCUGUGGUCAAGGUCACUGUUGGAAAUGCAGCGACCCCACCAGGCCAGAGAGCAUACAAGGCAGAGAAGAUCUUUCUGAAGAUCAGUAUUGAUGGAUGCACACUUUCAAACAAUCAAAAGUUGGUCAUUGGUUGCGUCCAACUCAUCUAUGCAUCAAAGACCAAGAUGAGGGUCAAGUGUCCAUAUGACAGUCACAUCUUCUUGGCGUAUGUCGGCGACGAGUUACACCAGACUCUGACAGUGCAGCUUGAGAACUUUAUCUCAGAGCUUAGACAACUGCUCCAAGGCAGACAAAAGUUCUUUAUGACAUCAGACGAUAUCAAAGAUGACAAUGAACAGUCACAGGACAUACGAUAUUCAAUCGAGCCAGUAGUCGUUGCUGACAUGGCGCUGCUCCUGGAAAUGUUUGGAUUGUAUGCUGUAUGGAUGUCACAGACCAAGUAUCGUUGCCCUUGGUGCAACGUCACCAAAGAUCAACUUCACGAUUGUUCAAUUCCAAGUCACCAACAACGACUACUAUCAGGUGUUAAACCAAACGAGAAGAACCCAGCAUUGGCCUACGGCCACAAGCAUCAUCCAAUACUUGAUUUCCUUACCAUGAAAUCAUUCAUUCCAGACCUUCUGCACGUGGCGAUGUCAUUGAUCAAACUACAGACCAGGUGGUUGUUGAUCGACAUUAUGAAAUACAGAGGCCGAGUACCCCUGCAGACUGUUGAGACAGAUGUCUGGAACACCUUCAAGGGGAUCAAGUUAUCACUUAUCCAGAAGGGAGACGCUAGCCUUGUGGAGCGAUUCAGACACUCUAGGGUGAACUUUGAGGAGUGCAAGCAGAUCCUCUUCAACUACGAGAAACUCAUUGACCUCUUCAAACGAUGUACCGAAG